AUGUACUACCCGUGGUAUAGCAGCGGCCAGCAGGUCCCCGCUACGCCAAGCUACAUGGCCUCACCGGCGGCGUCAUCGCCCUACGCAGCAUAUCCGUACUCGCACGCGCUGCAGGUGGUCGCUCGCCAGCCGCCCACGCCGGCGCCUGCAGCUGCGCGGCGCACGGAAGGGUACCUCGCGCAGCCGGCGCGGCAGACGGGAUACCUGUACGACCAGCCGCUGGGGACGACGCCGGGCUCGUAUGGUGUGCAGAUGCCGGGCGGAGGCGGAGGAGCAGCGGCUCCUGUCCCUGUGAUAGCGGUGCAGCAGAUGCAGAUGCAUGUGCAACAGAUGCCCGUGUACCAGGUCCAGCAGUACCAGCAAUACCCCCAGUAUCAGCAACUCCCACUGCAGAGCCCGGCGGCCGUGUACGUUUCUGCACCUGCGCCAGCGACGACGGCACUGCCCGUGUCGUUCCUCGUGCCGCCCCCGACGACGGUGGCUGCCCCCGCGGUGGUGUACGUCGUGUGCCAGCCGGCGGUCGUGCAGCAGACACCAACCGUACUGCAGGCUAUGCCCCUUGUUGCGUUGCCUCAGGCGGGACAACAAGAACCAGCAUCGACUACGCCUGUGAUGGUUUCAACGACGGCGGCGACGACUGCGCCAACAACUACACCAACCACGGCUGCGCUUCCCACAAUCGCAACGGCUUCACAAUCCUCAGCAGCACCAGCGGCAGAACCAGCCCCCGAGCCAGCCAUGUCGACGACUCCCCCCGCGCCGCCACCGCACAUCGCCAUCCGCGUCGUCUUCUUCGGCAAGGGCACCGCGACGACACGCCUCUGGAUCCGGGUCGCCGACGCUUCGUACACCACCGUGCCUACACGGGCACAGCUGCACGCCGACGUGGCGCGCCUCGCUGGUCGAAGCGGCCUGCCGGACCAGCGCGGCAAGAGGGCGGCUUUGUACGUCAUGAAGGAGCCAGAGUCGGAGACGGAGACGGCAGCGGGAGGACGCGUCGUGGCGGGAGCGGGAUGCGCGCUCAAGGUCGUGGCGGAUGGGGGUGUCGUCCCGACGGAGCGGCUCGAGGUGGUGGUGCCCCUGGACGAUGAGGAUUCGCAGUCCGUGGAGGCAUCGCUCGAGGAGGUGCUAGGAAGGGUGUUGCUACAGCAGCAGCAGCAGAGUGAGGCGCACGCGAAGCGCCAUGUCUUCCUCGCCGUGGACGUGGACGACAUGUGGAAGGGCCCCGAAGACGGCGUGGCGCACGUCCCGCCCGUGGAAGGAGGCACUCCGGCAGAGCCUCAAAUCGAGACGGCCGUGCCCGCGCCGACAACGACAACCACCGCCAACGGAAACACCACGGAAGCAGGCGCGACCGCAGAGCAGGCGCAAACACCAUCCCCGCGCCCCCUAUCCGUCGUGCCAGACGAGGGAGAAGCACCCUCCGAGCCCCAGCCUAGGUCUGAACCCGAGCCCGAAGCCGAGCCGCCGAGCGUAAUGGUCAACGGGGUGGACGGACUAACGAUAGAGUAG